UUGAAAUCUACCCAUAAAAUAACUUUCGGUUCAUUCAACUUUCAAUGGUGAUCUAAUUUUUUCAAGGACGGGAGUCAUUGAGGAUUGUGGUUUUGGCGGCUUCAUAAUGACAGAGGUUCUACCGAUUUCUUUGGUGAAUUUCAAUGCAGAUAGUGGUUAUUUAGAAGGUCUAGCACGUGGAAUUAAGGGUGGACUUCUAAAGCAAGCUGAUUACCACGUGCUAGUACAGUGUGAAACAUUGGAUGACCUAAAGCUCCACCUGCAUGAUACUGACUAUGGGGAAUUUCUCGCCAAUGAACCUGGACCUUUGACUGUGGGAAUCAUUGAAGAAAGAAUUCGCGAAAAGUUUGUGUCUGAGUUCCGACACAUACGCAACCAAGCUGUAUACCCAUUAUCUUUAUUCUUGGAUUACAUCACAUACAGCUAUAUGAUUGAUAAUAUCGUGCUUCUGAUAACAGGGACUCUCCAUGGAAGGCCGAUAUCCGAACUUAUGACUAAAUGCCACCCUCUUGGAACAUUUCUGGAAAUGGAAACCCUGAAUAUUGCAACUAACCCAGCUGAGUUAUACAAUGCUGUACUCGUGGACACGCCUCUAGCUCCAUUCUUUAUUGAUUGUAUUUCGGAGCAAGACUUAGAUGAACUUAAUAUAGAGAUAAUACGUAACACUUUGUACAGGGCGUAUAUUGAAGAUUUUUAUGCCUUCUGUAAGUCACUGGGCGGAAUUACUGCGGAGGUGAUGUGUGAGUUGUUGGCAUUUGAAGCUGACAGAAGGGCGUUUAUCAUAACAAUCAAUUCAUUCGGAACAGAACUCUCAAACGAAGAUAGAUCCAAACUUUAUCCUCGCUGCGGAAAACUUAACCCUGAGGGGCUUGUUCAGCUUGCUAAGGCUAACGAUUACGAACAAGUAAAAUCCGUUGCAAGGUAUUAUUCGAACUAUUCCUCCUUGUUUGAAGAAACUGGCGAGGGCUUUGGAGAUAAGACAUUAGAAGAUAAAUUCUUUGAAUAUGAACAAGCAUUGUCUUGUGAGGAAAACGUUAAUGAGAACUCCCAUCCUCCAAAGCUGUAAGACCAGGUCAUACGUGGACAAUAAUAAUAAUAAUAAUAUAUAUAUAUAUAUAUAUAGAGAGAGAGAGAGAGAGAGAAGUUACUCAUCAACCAAUUGGAUUAUCGGAAAAUGUUCAGUGUCAUCAACAUGGUCUAGGAUUUUCAUUCUAACAGAUGGAAACAAAAUUGGAUGUGACGUUUGUGUAUGAGUCCAUUAAUGGCACCUCAAGUUGUGGUAAAGGACAACUAAAUUGACAAAAACCUUUCUACUAUUUUAUGCAGCUGAUCUGGCUAAAUGAUCAAACCAACAAACUUUCACACAACUUUACAAACUUAAAGUUCACUUUUUUUCUGUUUACUAAUUUGUUUAGUAACAAAAUUUCCUAAUUAACUAAUCCAUUUUAGGUCCAAUUGAAUGUAGAUGCCUUCUUACAGCAGUUUCAUUAUGGUAUAUUCUAUGCCCUUCUUAAAUUAAAGGAACAAGAAAUGAGAAACAUUGUUUGGAUUGCGGAAUGCGUUUCUCAACGUCAUCGUACCAAAAUUGACUCUUAUAUCAAUAUUUUAUGACAUAUGUUUUGUUGGAAAACUAUUCCACGCUUAAAAUGCGUUCUAAGCAUAAUGUUUUUGACUAUUAUAUCUUACUUUGGAUUUAUUUAUAAUUUAAACUCGUUAAAAAUUUACGUAAAUUAUUUUUUCUGUAUGAUUAAUUCCAAGUGAUUAUCAAAACGUUUAAGUCGUCUGAAUCAUUAAUAUCAAUUUUGAGAUUUCCUUUCGCAACUAUCAUUUUACUUGGAUACUUUCAUUCUUUCUCCUAACACCUGGUUCUUUGUUAAUGUUGUGUUGGAAUGUCAAUAAGCUAUGUUGCAGUUCUCUGAAUUUUGUUUAACUAGGUUUGUACUUUAAGUGUCACACUAGUUGUUAGUGACGUGAAUUAAUUAUAUUAACUUCUAGUACAGUAAACACCUAGUUUUUAAACUAAGAUUUUUUCACAUGCAUUUCUAUUCAUUACUGAGUUUCAGUUUUUAUGUGAAGAAAGUCUCUGUUUCUGUUUGUCAACACCUGAGAUGUAACUCGACAAAAGCAGGUCAAUAUCAUCAUGAGUAAUGUCUGCUUCUUGAUGGGAAAUCAAGAUAUUUCAUCGUUGCUUAACAAUAAGUUUGUGUUUUAUCAAUAACCACAGAAUUCCUAACGCUUUCUAAGGGAAUACUUCUCUAGAAAACGAAGGAAUCCCUGAUAUAUUUUAGAAAUUAGUUUCAAGAUAAUGUGCUGUUGGUUCAACGUCACUGACAUUUGGUUGCCAAAUUAGUUACACCACAAACGGUCUUGGUGAAUCACGUAUACAUCUCAGACGCUCACCAUUUUAUUACAAUUUUACUCAUUUCUCAUUACUUCCCAAUCACAAGUAGGAUAUGCAAAACGCAAUGCAGAGGUUUGCAGUUUGUUUUACUUCUGAAUGGUUUUAUCAAUUUGUCUUUUUAUACCUCGUCGAAAUUUAAGGUGUAACACAACUAAUCGUGUUCUGAAAUCUCUGAAUUUAAAAUGUUCCACGGCAUCAGUGAUCUAGGAAGCAGCAAGUUUCACUCUUUUGGCAUUUGAAAAAGUGAGAAUUACGUCGACCACAGACGUGUGCUAUGUAUUUGAUAAGAACGGUAAAUACUUAGAUAUUUCAAGUCCAAGUGACCUUGACCGGACACUUGAAAUUUGUAACAUUUUAUUUGUUUGUGGUAAAAAGCCUUUUGCCAUAUAGCCGUUUGAUAAAUUGACCAGGUUUCAAUUAACUAAAUAUUGUGUUAAUCUGAAUUAUUCAUUAAGAUAUCGAGAAUAAGUAUUUCAUAUACAUGUGUUGAAUAAUCAUUCCAUUUGGUUAUAUAUAGUCGUAUAACUUCUAUGUAUAUCCAUAUCCCUUUAUAUACUACUUAUGCCGAUAUAAGUAUCACACCAC